CGUGUCAGUAUUGACGUGCACAAUGUCAUAAAUUAUACAUUUUACACAAUUUGGUAUUCGUCUAUGCAUUCUUCAUUUCGUCCCGUUCGACCCGUUUGAUGAAAAUUCGCAAUGCCCCAAAUUCAACCGACUUGCAAAAGCACCGCGAGGGAGACGCGUGCGCUACAACCACCACCACCGCAGCGACAAGCGACGCCGAUGCCGCCGACGACGCAGGCAUGACUAGAAACAGGUUUGGCGGCGCCGCGUUUAGUGAGCGCGGGCAGACGGCGAUUCGAUACCGAGGCGUCGACACCAACGCAGACGUCGUCGCCGCCAACGCCAACGGCGCGUCAUGCGAAAGUGACGACAGUGACGUGCCGACUUCAUCAAGCGAAGACAAUAACGAAUCGUCGGGGUCGUCAGUGGCCUCCGCAUCGCCCAACCACCACCUUCAGCGUCGCCUCGUGGUCAAUAAUCUUCUGCAAUUGAUCCGCCGCCGGCAGCGGCUCGUUAACAAUGCGCUUUCGAAUCGAAUGGUUCUUGAACCCAAAUUCGCUGAUUAUGGAAGUAUACAUUCAAUCGGUGAAGUCGUCAAUCGAGCACCGCAUGAUCAAUCCGAAGUGGACAACGCAACCGCCGUCCACGAUUUGAUAGGCGUCAACGGCAACGCAGCCUUGCCGCAGCCGCAGCAUCCACCCAGCCAGCAGCCGCCAGUGAUGACACAGGGCGAUCUCUACCAGCGCCAGCCGCUGCUGCCGACGCCGACGAAGGCGGACAAAUGGGGCAGCGCUGGCCACCCGGACAUUCAUGAGUUCACAGUUGAGGAGGACGAGGACAACCUCUCUCUGCAACCGCACGCCGACCAGAAUGGCAUUAUUAAAAUCAACAUGCCCACCCCUGUGCGGGAAGAGCCACGUUUUCCUCAGGAGCGUUGGAAAACGUUGAUAGCAUUGGUGAUUAUGUUCUUCAGUAGUUUAUUAGUUUUAAUCUCGCUGGCGACCACGCAUGAGCGUGUCCCGGACCGCAAAGAUUACGGCCCGUUGCCGGACAUUUUCUUCGAUCUUUUCGGCGUGCACGAUUGGGGCCUCACUGUGUCCGAAUAUCUCAUCAUAUUUGCCUUUAACUCGACGUUAUUUGUUAUUGUUUUGCACAAACAUAGAUUUAUAAUUGCACGUCGGCUGUUCCUAAUCAUGAGUCUUUUGUAUAUCUAUCGCUCGGUGACAAUGUUCGUCACGGUCUUGCCAAUCUCCAGCACGACGUACUAUUGUUCGCCGAAAAGCAAUCACACCACAACGCUGGACAUGGCGAAACGCGUCGUGCAAAUGUUGUCCGGUAUGGGGCUCUCCAUCAACGGCAAGCAGACAUAUUGCGGCGACUUCAUCUACAGCGGGCAUACAUUGACGAUAGUUAUAAGUUAUUUGUUUAUUUCGGAAUAUACUCCUAAAAAAUUGUAUCUGGUACAUUGGCUGUAUUGGGCGGUUGCUGUCACUGGCGUGUUUAUGUUGCAAUGGUCUCGAUCGCACUACACGAUAGAUGUGAUUAUCGCUUACUAUGUGACGACCAGAAUUUUCUGGAUCUAUCAUACGUUGGCGAACAAUAGUGGUCUGAAGCAAUCGUCGGAGAAAAAUCUUCUGUGCCGCAUGUGGUGGUUCAAUUUGUUUCUGUACUUUGAGGGCAAUGUGGGUGGUCAAGUUCCUAGGCAAUGGCCGGACUGGCCCUUCCCUUGGCCCCGUCGACUACACGCGAAAAGCCGUGACAGUUAGUAGUCCGCCGCGAUGGCGCACCUCAGUGAAGGAACUCUUUUAUACUCCCGUCCUCCUUUUAUUGUGAACGUUUUGAUCAUUCGAUGGAUCACUCGGCAUAUGCAACACAACAAUAACUUCGAAUGCACUGAUGAUACACUUUUUCACAGCAGAUCAUAGUAGAACAGAAAUAAAAUUAUAUACUUAUUAAUUUAUACUAAAAUUAUGAAACAGAUUGUGAUAAAUGGAAAAUAUAACUAGCGCCUUAAGUCUAAACUAAAUAUAAGAGAUGUAAAAUAUUGUUUAGCUUUUAGAUCAAUGUAACUAUAUGUAAAUAUUUUAUGAGGGAAGCGUAGUGUGCAGUUAUUUGUAAUCAAGAAUUAUAGUAGUGUUGGUACUGAAAGCAAACAUUGUUACAACAACGCCCAACAUUUGGAUUCUCGAGCACGACGGACUUACUUAAUUGAAUGAAAUUGGUGUUUGCUUUAUGGAGUGCCGAAAAUUGCUGUGUUGAUAUAUCGUCUUGCCAAACAAGUGCCUAACAUAUAAUAUUCGGAUUGGGAAUAUUUGCUUUGCGAUAUUUGGAAUCUUCACAUGUCACUUUGCACGCUUGGCAUUUAUCUGGAAACGCCCGGAUUGAAAUCAGUUCUAAAUUUAAUCGUUUGGCCUAAGUCCAAAACAUGCCAAUAACCAAUAGCCAAGUUCAAAGUGUGGAUCCAAUUCAAUCAACAUCCAAAUUGAAUUGCAAGUCAACAAUAUGUUAUUCGACAAAAGCGUCGGUCUUAGUUAUUUGUUUAAAUAUUGUAUUAAAUCAUUGGUAUUAAAGGGCAUCAUUUGUA